AUGUGUGUGGCUACUGGUCUUAUUGACUAUCCUUUUGGUUCAAAGAACUUUGUCAUUGCAGGUGACCCUGCCCAAUUGCCACCCGUAAAAAUAGCUGGUCCAGCAUUAUACAGCGAUACUGUAGGGUCUGUCAUACAUAGAACACAUGCUUUAAAAAUACAAAAGCAAUCCAUGGGAAAGGCAUUAUAUCAUCAGUUCAUUCAUGUGGUUAUGCUUCGACAAAAUAUGAGGCAGAAGGGACAGUCAGCAGAGGAUGCUGCCUAUAGGACAGUAUUAGAAAAUCUACGGUAUAAGAAGUGUACACAAGCUGAUUUAGAUCUUAUGUUAACACGUGUUGCUGGGAGAGGUCCCAAUAAUCCUAAAAUAUAUGAUAAGAAUUUCAGAUCAGUGCCCAUUAUUACUGGUCGUAAUGCUGCACGAGAUCAGACUAAUGUUACAGGAGUAGGUUUAUUUGCGGCAGAUACAGGUCAACAACUAAUUACCUUCUAUUCUAUGGACAAAUUUAGAACAUGGGCUGAUACUGAAAAGAAGAUUGAACGUAAAAGAGGAAAGAAACCAGUUGAUUUGACCAGACAAACUGAUGAUGUAAAUGGGAACAUCCAAGAGGCCCUAUGGCAACUAUGGCCAUCAAGGACAGAGCAUCAUCCUGGUAUGCUUCACCUGUGUAAGGGCAUGCCUGUUAUGAUCAAAGAUAACCAAGCCACUGAACUUGCUGUCACAAAUGGUGCUGAAGCGGAAGUUGUUGAUUGGACAUCACAUCCACUGCCCGAUGGAAAACCUGUGCUAGAUAUACUGUUUGUCAAGUUGAAAUACCCACCUUUUACAAUUCAAAUAGAAGGUUUACCAGACAAUGUUGUACCAAUCAAAAGAUUGGCAAAGGAUAUUAAAUGCAGUAUGAAGGAUGAUACCACUAUUUUAAUAACACGUGAUCAAAUCCCUAUCGUACAAGAUUUUGCUAUGACAGACUUUGCAUCACAGGGAAGAACUAGACCAUAUAAUCCAGUCGAUCCUGAAUUCUGUUUAACACACCAGUCUCUAUAUACAGCUCUGUCUCGAAGUUCCACCCUAUCUGGUACAAUAUUACUACAGCCUAUUGAUCCUAAAAUUGUUCAGGGCAAACUUAAUCAUACUUGGGUAAACUCCCCAGCAAUAUCAAUGCAAACACUAGAGGUCAUCUGA